AGAUGGUCCCCAACGGCAAGGCAGUCGAGUCAGCCCCGUUCGACGUCGCCGGCCGCGCCUGCCGAAUCAGGUGCUAUCCGAACGGCAGCGGCAAGAAACACUACGGCUACACGUCCCUCUUCCUCACCAGCCACUGCGACGACGGCACGGUAAGGCUAGAGCUCAGCGUGCUCGAUCGGGACGGGAAUCCGUCUCGCACUCGAGCCACGGAAAAGCGGCGCUUCUGGAUCGGCGACAGCUGGGGCUGGGGCUUUAAGGAUUUCGUGAAGAACGACGAUCUGGUCGAGGGAGAGCACCUCGUGGACGACUGCCUCAUCGUCCUCUGCGACGUCACCGUCCACGACCCUUCCUUGCACGCCGAGGAGGUUGCCGCGCCGGUUGUGGCGCCUCCGUUCGACCUAAGUGGGGAGCUCGGGGAGGCCAUGUGGAACGAGACGGACGUGACGAUCCACGUCGGCGACGAGACGUUCCCGGCGCACCGGUCGGUGCUGGAGGCUGCGUCCGCCGUCUUCAAGGCGGACCUCGAGAACAACGGCACCGGCGAGGUACGCGUCGACGACAUGGACGCCCAGGUGUUCAAGACCCUGCUGCAGUUCAUGUACACGAGCGUGCUGCCUGACAAGAACCAGCUCGAGGCAGACGCCGCGACGGCGGAGCGGCUGCUCGUGGCGGCGGACAGGUACGGGCUGGAGAAGAUAAAGGUCGUCUGCGAGGAGGCGCUGUGCCCGCGCGUCAACAUGGGCUCCGUGGGCACCAUGCUGGCGUUGGCGGAGCGGCACGGAGGUGCCGUCCUGAAGAAGGCGUGCAUGGAGUUCCUCUCGAUCCCCGGUAACCUAUUAUCAUUCAUGGCGACCGAGGGUUUUGAGGAGCUCAAGAGAACCCAGCUUGGGUGCUGGAGCUUCACGUGAACCUGAUGGAUACGUGCAGCUUGCUUCCUAGCUAGUUAAAUUAGCUAUUCUCGCUAAGUCAGAUAAGUUAAUUAGGUACUCUUGCAUAUUUUUAUAUCAAUCUUGUUAAGUCUCAGUCGACUGAUCAGACUUUAAAUCUCAGUCGAUGCUAUAUCCGUAAGAUCUUACAUUGGUAUACAUGUAUUUUUUUUCAGUUUUCUC